GGAGGGUGAGAGAGAAGCUCGGUGAGCAGAGAAAAGGGGCCACCGGUCGCCCCCCCGCUUCUCCGCACGCGCUCUUUAGCCGUGGCCGCCCGCCUGCCGCGGUUACCUGGGCCUCUCUCACGGUCCCUUCUGAUUGGAUCUAGACGCUGAGCGAGGCCCUGCUAGGGCGGCCAUGCGGCGGUGACAGGAGCUCGGUUGAGACGCACGGGCCCCUCGCCCUCUCACCUCCUGUCCGCUAGCCAGCUCGCCUCACCCCGAGGCUGCUCCACCGCGGCCGCAGCUCGUGCACGGCCCACACUCGCUUCCCUUCGGCACCCCGACCCCAGCGCUGCCUGGAGGCGGCUGCACUCGGUGUUAUGGUUUUGCGCUAAUUUGCGGCUGGGAGUGUUCAGAUGAUGUCGGGUCCUGUUCAAGUAGUGCUCACUCCUGCGAAUGCGGGCUCCCCCACCCGUGCAGACUUCUCACCCUCUGCAUUCAACUUUGCUGCAGACAAGGGCUUGUUAGGCCACAAUGCCUGAAAGUAGUCUCUGGGUGUUGACAAAACAAAAGGGGAAGUUAGUUUGCAAAUGGUAAUGUACAUUAGUGUGUACUAAGGUGGCAGGGUGUUUUCCCCUGGGCUAAGGCCUAUGUUUUGGGAUGACUGAUCUUAUAUCUUGAUACAGUAGACUCCCCUCCCCCCCUUAUCCGCGGUUUCACUUCCUACAGUUAUAGUUGAGGUCAGAAAAUUUUAAACUGAAAAUUCCAGAAAUAAACAGUUCAUAAGUUUUAAAUUUCUCGCGCCGUUCUGAGUAGCGCGAUGAGGUCCUGCUCUGUCCCGCCCGGGACGUGAAUCAUCUCUUUGUCCAGCGUAUCCACGCUGUAUGCGCUACCAGCUGCUCGUCACUAAGUAGCCAUCUCGGUUUCGUAUUGCAGUGCCUGUGUUCAAGUAACACUUAUUUUCCUUGAUAAUGGCCCCAAAGAGCAAGAGUAGUGAUGCUGGCAAUUCGAAUAUGCCAAAGAGAAGCCGUAAAGUGCUUCCUUUAAGUGAAAAGGUGAAAAUUCUUGACUUAAUAAGGAAAGAAAAAAAAUCUUAUGCUGAGGUUGCCAAGAUCUACAGUAAGAACGAAUCUUCUAUCCGUGAAAUUGUGAAGAAGGAAAAAGAAAUUCGUGCUAGUUUUGCUGUGGCACCUCAAACUGCAAAAGUUACGGCCACAGUGCGUGAUAAAUGCUUAGUUAAGAUGGAAAAGGCAUUAAGUUUGUGGGUGGAAGAUAUGAACAGAAAAUGUGUCCCAGUUGACGGCAGCAUGUUGCGCCAGAAAGCACUGAGCCUAUAUGAAGACUUCAAGGGAUCCUCUGAAAGGAAUGACACCAAGCCAUUUACUGCAAGUAAGGGAUGGUUACACAGAUUCAGGAAUAGGUUUGGACUGAGAAACAUAAAAAUUACUGCAGAGGCUGCGUCUGCUGAUGAAGAAGCUACUGCCACAUUUCCGGCAGAGUUGAAGAAGUUGAUUAAGGAGGAAGGGAUCAUGGCCCAAGUAGCAAUGUCUACCCUGCCAGUAGAAGAUGAAGAGUCUUCAGAGAGCAGGAUGGUGGUGACAUUCCUCAUGUCUGCUCUAGAGUCCAUGUGUAAAGAACUGGCCAAGUCCAAGGCAGAAGUGGCCUGCAUUGCAGUGUAUGAAACAGAUGUGUUUGUUGUUGGAACUGAGAGAGGACGGGCUUUUGUCAACACCAGAAAGGAUUUUCAGAAAGAUUUUGUGAAAUACUGUGUUGAAGAAGAAGAAAAGGCGGCAGAGAUGCAUAAAAUGAAAUCUACAACCCAGGCAAAUCGGAUGAGUGUAGAUGCUGUAGAGAUUGAAACACUCAGAAAAACAGUUGAGGACUAUUUCUGCUUUUGCUAUGGGAAAGCUUUAGGCAAAUCAACAGUGGUGCCUGUUCCCUAUGAGAAGAUGCUACGAGAUCAGUCUGCUGUGGUAGUGCAGGGGCUUCCAGAAGGAGUUGCCUUUAAACACCCUGAGAACUAUGAUCUUGCAACUCUGAAAUGGAUUUUGGAGAACAAAGCAGGGAUUUCAUUUAUCAUUAAGAGACCUUUCCUGGAGCCAAAGAAGCACCUAGGUGCUCGCGUGAUGGUAACAGAUGCUGAAAGGUCAAUGCUAUCUUCAGGUGGAAGUUGUGGCCCCAUCAAAGUGAAAACUGAACCCACAGAAGAUUCUGGUAUUUCCUUGGAAAUGGCAGCUGUGACAGUAAAGGAAGAAUCAGAAGAUCCUGAUUACUAUCAAUAUAACAUUCAAGCAGGCCCUUCUGAAACUGAUGAUGUUGAUGACAAACUCCCCCUUUCGAAGUCUUUGCAAGGAAGCCAUCAUUCUUCAGAGGGCAAUGAUGGAACAGAAAUGGAAGUACCAGCAGAAGAUUCUACUCAACAUGUCCCUUCAGAAACAAGUGAGGACCCCGAAGUUGAGGUGACUAUUGAAGAUGAUGAUUAUUCUCCACCUACUAAGAGACCAAAGAGCAAUGAGCCACCCCAGCCACCAGUCACAGAACCCGCCAAUGCCGGAAAACGGAAAGUGAGAGAGUUCAACUUUGAGAAAUGGAAUGCUCGAAUUACUGAUCUGCGUAAACAAGUCGAAGAGUUGUUUGAAAGAAAAUAUGCUCAAGCUAUAAAAGCCAAAGGUCCUGUGACGAUCCCAUACCCUCUUUUCCAGUCACAUGUUGAAGAUCUAUAUGUGGAAGGACUUCCAGAAGGAAUUCCUUUUAGAAGGCCAUCUACUUAUGGAAUUCCUCGCCUUGAGAGAAUAUUACUUGCAAAGGAAAGGAUUCGUUUUGUGAUUAAGAAACACGAACUUCUGAAUUCAACACGCGAAGACCUACAACUUGAUAAACCAGCUUCAGGAGUAAAGGAAGAGUGGUAUGCCAGAAUCACUAAAUUACGAAAGAUGGUAGAUCAGCUUUUCUGCAAAAAAUUUGCUGAAGCCUUGGGGAGUACUGAAGCCAAGGCUGUACCUUACCAGAAGUUCGAGGCACAUCCUAAUGAUCUCUAUGUGGAAGGACUUCCAGAAAAUAUUCCUUUUAGAAGUCCCUCGUGGUAUGGAAUCCCAAGGCUUGAAAAAAUCAUUCAAGUGGGCAAUCGAAUUAAAUUUGUUAUUAAAAGACCAGAACUUCUGACUCACAGUACUACUGAAGUUACUCAGCCAAGAACGAAUACACCAGUCAAAGAAGAUUGGAAUGUCAGAAUUACUAAACUACGAAAGCAAGUGGAAGAGAUUUUUAAUUUGAAAUUUGCUCAAGCUCUUGGACUCACAGAGGCAGUAAAAGUACCAUAUCCUGUGUUUGAAUCAAAUCCUGAGUUCCUUUACGUAGAAGGCUUGCCAGAAGGAAUUCCCUUUCGAAGUCCUACCUGGUUUGGAAUUCCACGACUUGAAAGGAUUGUCCGUGGCAGUAAUAAAAUCAAGUUUGUUGUCAAAAAACCUGAACUAGUUAUUUCCUACUUGCCUCCUGGAAUGGCUAGUAAAAUAAACACUAAAGCCUUGCAGUCCCCGAAAAGACCACGAAGCCCUGGGAGUAAUUCAAAAGUUCCUGAAAUUGAGGUCACUGUGGAAGGCCCUAAUAACAACAACCCUCAGACCUCAGCUGUGCGAACCCCUACCCAGACUAAUGGUUCUAAUGUUCCUUUUAAGCCUCGAGGGAGAGAGUUUUCCUUUGAGGCAUGGAAUGCCAAAAUCACAGACCUAAAACAAAAAGUUGAAAAUCUUUUCAAUGAAAAAUGUGGUGAAGCUCUCGGCCUUAAACAAGCUGUGAAAGUGCCAUUUGCAUUAUUUGAGUCUUUCCCAGAAGACUUUUAUGUAGAAGGCUUACCGGAGGGUGUGCCAUUUCGUCGACCAUCUACUUUUGGCAUUCCAAGGCUGGAGAAGAUACUCAGAAACAAAGCCAAAAUUAAGUUCAUUAUUAAAAAGCCCGAAAUGUUUGAGACAGCAAUUAAGGAGAGCACCUCCUCCUCUAAGAGCCCUCCAAGAAAAAUAAAUUCGUCGCCCAAUGUUAAUACUACUGCAUCAGGUGUUGAAGAUCUUAACAUCAUUCAGGUGACAAUUCCAGACGAUGAUAAUGAAAGACUGUCUAAAGUUGAAAAAGCUAGACAGCUAAGAGAACAAGUUAAUGACCUCUUCAGUCGAAAAUUCGGUGAAGCUAUUGGUAUGGGUUUCCCUGUGAAAGUUCCCUACAGGAAAAUCACAAUUAACCCUGGCUGUGUGGUAGUUGAUGGCAUGCCUCCUGGAGUGUCAUUCAAAGCUCCCAGCUACCUGGAAAUCAGUUCCAUGAGAAGGAUUUUAGAUUCUGCUGAGUUCAUUAAGUUCACAGUCAUUAGACCAUUUCCAGGACUUGUGAUUAAUAACCAGUUGGUUGAUCAGAAUGAGUCAGAAAGCCCAGUGAUCCAAGAAUCAGCUGAACCAAGCCAGUUGGAGGUUCCUGCAACAGAAGAAAUAAAGGAGUCUGAUGGAAGCUCUCAGAUCAAGCAAGAACCAGACCCUACGUGGUAGACCUCUUCCCUCCUAGGCUUAAAGUAUCAGUGGGUGAGAAGAGCUUUUCGGACCUGUUACUGCCCCAAGCUGUGUAAUAUACUUGUAUAACAGAAAUACCUUCUAUACAAACCUUUUUUUCUACUUUUAGAUAGAAAUGUCUACUUUUUCAGCAGUUCUGUGAAUUGAAUUAAAGAGCAGAGUGACUGUAGAUUUGGAAUGGCUGGUUUACUUUGGAAUGUAUUAUAAGGAUUUUACAGCAAUGCUGGAAAAACGACAGGGAAAAUGACAGGGAUGAAUCUCACCAGAUUUUUUUUAUGGAUUCAGCAGAGCCUUCAGCUAUGGUGUUUAUUUUCCAAUCAAGUGAAGAUAUCUCUUACUGGAACAUCUCAGCUUCUGCAGUGAAGAAAACACCUGUGAUAGUUUAGUUCUUUAGUUUUUCUAUUUGAAAAAUCAUUUAAAUGAUCCUUUUGUUCACGGCUCUCCUUAAUGACUGAGUGAACAGUUAGUAUCUGUAUAUUUGACUAAACCUUUUCCUAAGCUAUCUAUCAUGGUUCAUACGUUUUUUAUCAUAAUUAAAAAACAACCAUCUGGAUUAUCUAAUAGCCGGUAAGAGGUCAGUAUCUCAGUGUGUGGCUUAUAGAUGGAAUACAGAGAACCUCUUCCACAUUUACUUUUCAUCCAAAUAAAAUGCAUGGUGUACCAGAAGUUUAAGAUCAGGUAUGACUGUUUGGGCAAGCUAAAUGACACUAAAGCCUCACUAUCAUGUAACCUGUUGUGGUGUGGAUUUCUUUGGAACACUGUUCCAGCUUGAAUCAAUCUCAAGGGGUUUUCAUUGCCGUCAUUAUUUUAUAAUUCUACUUGUAAAAUUGAGGCUCCAGUGUGGGGAAUGAAGGGUCAUAAGCUAAUUAUGCACCCACUGAUAUUCUGCGCCAUUUGUAGGAGAAUCUUACACAUGUUGAGAUUUCACAGACAAUAAGAGUUGUAAAAUCCAAGCUAUAUGAAAAGCUAGAGUAUGUGAUGGCAUAGAGUGUUCAUUAGCUUUAUCACAAUAUUCACAAUGGAGAAUUAUAUUACAUGGUAGCAGGGAUAGGCAUUUUUAUGUGUUGCUUAUAUUUUACCUCAAAUUAAAAUGUAGAUAUAGGGUAAUAAAUAAAAUCCAUCCAUGCCUUUCACACACUAA